GGAAAUGAUUUGUGAUGGCUUGUAAGGAAAUGAUUUGUGAUGGCUUGUAAGGAAAUGAUUUGCGAUGGCUUGUAAGGAAAUGAUUUGUGAUGGCUUGUAAGGAAAUGAUUUGUGAUGGUUUGUAAGGAAAUGAUUUGUGAUGGCUUGUAAGGAAAUGAUUUGUGAUGGCUUGUAAGGAAAUGAUUUGUGAUGGCUUGUAAGGAAAUGAUUUGUGAAGACUUGUAAGGAUAUGAUUUGUGAUGGCGUGUAAGCAAAUGAUUUGUGAUGGCUUGUAAGCAAAUGAUUUGUGAAGACUUGUAAGGAUAUGAUUUUUGAUGGCUUGUAAGCAAAUGAUUUGUGAUGGCUUUUAAGGAAAUGAUUUGUGAAGUCUUGUAAGGUUUCAGAAAGCUUCUAUGAAUAGAUUUGAUUAUUGCAAUUCGAAAUUAUGCAAAGAUCUGUUUCUUGUAUAUAAAUGUUUGAAUAGAUACGAAUGUUGCAUAUGAAUUUAUGGAUAAACAUGGCUGCUGUAUAUGGUACUAUACAUCAAUAAGGCUGUUUCAUAUUAUAUGAAUUUAUGCAUAGCUCUGGUUGUUAUAUGUCAAUGUAUGCAUACACGUGGCUUCGUUAUAUCAAAAAUAUGAUUACAUUUUCUUACCGUGCCUUUGUUUACACAUACAGAUCUAAGGAGAUCACGUGAUUCUGCUGAGCAUUUUGGCUAUUUAUAACUUCGUUUGUUGCUAGUUGAUUUAAAUUUAAUUAAACAGCUUGAAAUCAUGGUGAGGGAAUAAGCGGGUGAACUCCGUACCUACGCAGGCAGAGGAUCAUCAAUCAAAAAAAAAAAAGAAAAAAAAGACUGGUUGCUUAAUGAUAUGACCGGGUUGCCAUGAUGUUAUAGGGUUGUUCUAAUGUGACCCGGUUGCCAUGAUAUGAAGGAAGAAAUCUGCAGCAAUAGCUCUUCGACAAAUCACCUUGGUCAUGGACUAAUCUCCACUAUCAUGGACUAAUCUCCACUAUAAUGGACUAAUCUCCACAGUCAUGGACUAAUCUCCACUGUCAUGGACGAGUCUCCUCUGUCAUGGAAAAAAUAACCUCCGUUAUACGAAUGAAUCUCCUCUAUCAUGGACGAAUCUCCUAUGUAAUGGACGAACCUCCUCUGUCAUGGACGAAUCUCCGUGCCUUUGUAUGCCCUGAAGAGUAGGAUAACGACACAACCAGGUGUUAAACUGGACCCCGGGAGGGGGGGCGAAUGCCUUCAUAUGAAAGGACCAAAGCAAACAACCGGUUAUAGGCUCAAAGAAUGCCUUCAUAUGAAAGGACCAAAGAAAACCACCUGUUAUAGGCUCAAAGAAUGCCUUCAUAUGAAAGGACCAAAGAAAACCACCUGUUAUAGGCUCAAUGAAUGUCGACUUGCCAUGGUUUUCAAAAUGCUUGAAAAUCAGAGCGCUCACCCAUACCAAACCAUAUCAGUUAGGCGACAUCUGCAUGAUGGCCCCACUGGGAUGGAAUAAGCCGGACACUUAUGUAUCGUUGUGGUGCGACGUUCCAGCCACAGAUAAGUUAGUAUCGGUAUCAGGAAAGAACUCGUGCGUCUUUAUUUAGUGCCAUGCCAGCUGUAUGUAUUCAACGAUUGACUGUAUUCUAUUUUGCCGUCCAGAGUUUUGCAUUUAUAUGACAAUCAUCUCAA